AUGUUGUCCCGUGCUUCCCGUGCCUACAGCACUGCCCCUGUGAAAUUGGUGUCCAGAGAUGCCCCAGGUAACUUGACCACCUUGCUGGUGAAGGUCAACAAUGCCGGUUCCAAGGCCGGCAAGAUUGGUGUGGCCCACCUCUUGUCCAAGUACGCUUUCCUCAACAACGAGGUCAAGUCCGCCUUGCGUUUCACCAGAGAGUCCGAGCUCUUGGGUGGCUCUUUCUCCUCCUACGUCACCAGAGACGCCAUUGUGUUGAAGACUCAGUUCUUGAAGCAGGACUUGCCUUACUAUGUGGAGGCCUUGGGCAACACCUUGCAAAAGCCUCUCUUCAGACCACACGAGCUUGUGGAGACUGUGGUGCCUGUGGCUGAGGCCGAGGCUGCCGCUGCCAACGCUUCUACCGAGUUUGUUGCUUUGGAGCACUUGCACGAGUUGACCUUCAGAAAGGGCUUGGGUAACCCCUUGUACUACGACUCUGCCUCCACCGUCACCUUGGACGACAUCAAGAGCUUUGCUACUGAGGCUUACGCUCAGGAGAACGUUUCUCUCUACGCCUCCGGUGCCAACCAGUCUGACUUGGCCAACUUUGUUGCCGAGUCUGCUUUCUCUGCCUUGCCAUCUGGCUCUCUCAAGGCCCCAGCCGUCAAGACCCACACUGGUAAGGAGGCUCGUUUCAGAAAGGGCGGUGAGUCUAGCGCCAUCAUUGGUGUUCCAGUUGCCACCAAGGACUUUGCCAAGUACGAGGUCUUGUCUGCUGCUGUUGGUACCUCCAUCUUGAAGGGUGCUGCUUCUCCAUUGGCCCAGAUCCCAGGUGCCGACUCCAGAUUGUACAAAUACGAGGACGCUGGUUUGUUUGUCGUUUCCGUCACCGGCCAGGACGCCAACCUUGUGGCCCAGGGUAUCAAGGAUGCCAAGAAGGCCGUCGAGGGCCUCACUGCUUCUUCCUUGUCGGACGCCAUCAAGGCCGCCGAGGUGUCUGUUGCUUUGCAGGAGUCCUUCGAGUACCCACACGACAUCAAGAUCACCGCCGACAGCGCCAAGGGCGCCAAGUUGGGCGCUUUCAACUACGUUGCUGUCGGUAACACCGAUGUGUUGCCAUACGCCGAUGAGUUGUAA